CUUGCUAAGGUGCACACACGCUCUCUCAGAAGCUCACGAUGGAAAUAACAACUGCCUCGGCGUGGGCGUGUCUGCUCCUGUGGGCGUGGUCAUGUCGAGCAUCGGGAUCUUACUACCGCGCUGAGGAUUACCAAAUGAACUGUUUUGUGAAACCCAAUGGAGUGUUAGCGGUUGCCGAGACCAAGGUCCUCUGUGCUGUGCGGUGUUCCGUGACACGCUGUUCUUACUUCAGUUUCUUGGGAGGAAACUGCACACUUUUCGACCAAGGGCAGGCAAGCGAGGUGGCCAGUCGUAGGUACCGGAAGUUAAAUGUCAUGACCGUUGACGUUGCCUAUAACAAACCCACCCUAGCUUCUGACCAGUUCGAAGAUUUAAGUCCCGAUCGAGCUGUUGACGGGGACAUACAGACGCAGUUUCAUUCCCUUGGGCAGAACACCCCAUGGUGGCGGGUGGACCUUGGUGAAAACUAUUGCAUUCAGACCAUCGAUGUACAACCCCACCCAGGAGUCUCAGAAUGGUUUCAUUCCGCUGAGAUCCGUGCCGGCAAGAGUCCAGCUGAAUGGGACUUUUCCAGCUACACUCUCAUAGCCUCCUUUGUCGGGCCUUAUGAUGGCGUUGGCAGACUUCUUUUCAUACCACCCGGGCCUCUGGAAGUCAGGUACAUCAGCAUCCAGUUAUUUGCCAUGGAAUUCCUGAAUCUACAGGAUGUCAAAGUGAUUGCGUUGGUGGUGGAAGGUUAGCAGGAGAAGUGAGAAUAGGAAGAGGAUGAAGACAAAGAUGAAGAAGAAGAAGAAAAAAGAAGAUAAUGAUGAUGGAUGAUGAUGGUGGUCGUGUGAUUACUUGUGAUUAGAUGAACUCGUAGGGAUAUUUGACCAGUUUGAAAUAACAAUGGAAUA